ACUCAUUUGCAUUCUACAAAUAGUGAUUGUGCACUCAACCAGCAGGUAAGGAAAAAUGGCAGGAAUAAAGAAGCUGCUUGAAGAAGUACAAGGUAAGAUAUACGAGAGGAUUGAAAACAACCCGCGUGAUUUUCGAUUUGAAAUAGAAGACACGGAAGAAGUGCGUCGCAAAAUGAAAUAUCUCGAACUUCACUUGCAAGAUGCACAAGAUUUUGAAGAAACAAAGGAGGAAAUGGAGGCAAUAGGAGGCCUAGCCCUUGCAUACCACAAACUAGGGGACUUUGAUCAAGCUUUGGGACUUUACAAAAAACAGCUUAAACUUGGCAAAAGAUUGGAUGAUGAAACGAAUUGCAGAAGGGCUCAUUGCAACCUAGGAAUUCUUUACAAGAGAAAGGGCGACUUGACUUUGUCUGUGAAGCACUAUAAUAAAGCACUUGCGAUUGCUAAAAGGAGGGGAGAACUUGGUGCCGAAGCACGUCUGUUUAACAAUCUUGCAAACCUAUGUGAGCUGCAAAUGGAUUAUGAAGGAGCAAUAGCAUAUCAAACGAGGAGACUUGACAUCGCGAAACAAAGAAGCGAUAAAGACGCACUCACUAAGGCAUACGCUGCACUUGGAAGUCUCUACCAUAUAACGGAAAAGUACAGUCAGAGUAUUGAGAGCUAUGAAGAUUUAUUGGCAACUUUGAGAUCAAAACUAAAAAUUCAAGACACAUUAGCAGACGACGCUUCGGGGUCUUCAGAUGAUGAUUAUGUUGAUUUUGAGGCAGAAGAAGACGAAGAUGACGUAGACGACGAAGAUGGUGGCAAAAAGGGAAAGAAGACAAAAAAACCAAAGAAAAAGAAGAAGAAGAAGAAAAAAUGAAAAAUUACUACAAUUGUAAAAUCAUAUCUAAGAAGAUCUUUAUCAUAAUUAAUGACUAAUAGCAUGCUAUGAAAUUGUCUUAAACUUGUCAUUAAUAGAGAACUAAGAAAAUUUGCAGUUAUUUUUUCUGAAAAUGAUAAAUGAGUAGAGUGAACGAAUAUGAAUAUUAUUGGAUAUGAAUAUGAAUAUGAAUGAUAUUAUAAUCGAUGAAUAACAACGAUAUGAAUAUUAUUGGAUAUGAAUAUGAAUAUGAAUGAUAUUAUAAUCGAUUAAUGACA